CGUUGAACAGAGGAGAGUGGGAUACAGAAACAGAGGAAAACAGAGCAAAGAGAACUACCAACUAUGGACUCAGAUUUCGGCAUUCCCAGAGAACUCUCAGAUCUGCAAAAAGACCGCACUCUCUACCUACCAGAGAUUCCUCCAUGUCUUCAGGGUACUACCGUUAGGGUAGAAUUUGGCGGUGCAACUACUGCUGCAGAUCCCUCUGGUUCCCACACCAUUAGCCGGUCUUUUCCACACACAUAUGGUCAGCCUCUGGCUCAUUUUUUAAGGGCAAAUGCACAAGUCCCUGAUGCUCAAAUAAUAACAGAGCAUCCUCCAUUCAGGGUAGGAAUAGUCUUCUGUGGGAGACAAUCUCCUGGAGGGCACAAUGUCAUAUGGGGCCUUCAUAGUGCACUUAAAAUUCACAACCCUAAUAGCAUUUUGCUUGGAUUUCUUGGAGGCACUGAAGGUUUAUUUGCACAGAAAACACUGGAAAUCACUGAUGAUGUUCUUUCAACAUACAAAAAUCAAGGUGGUUAUGAUUUGUUGGGUCGGACAAAGGAUCAGAUAAGAACAACUGAGCAAGUUACUGCUACCUUGAACACAUGCAAAGCAUUGAAAUUAGAUGGCCUUGUAAUUAUUGGAGGUGUAACGUCAAACACGGAUGCUGCUCAGCUUGCUGAAAUAUUUGCAGAAGCCAAAUGCCCAACAAAGGUGGUUGGAGUUCCGGUUACUUUGAAUGGAGAUCUUAGAAAUCAAUUCGUUGAAACUAAUGUUGGCUUUGAUACAAUAUGCAAGGUCAAUUCCCAGCUCAUCAGCAAUGUCUGCACUGAUGCUCUAUCUGCUGAGAAGUAUUAUUAUUUCAUCCGACUUAUGGGUCGGAAGGCAUCACAUGUUGCUCUUGAGUGUACUCUCCAGUCACAUCCUAAUAUGGUUAUCCUUGGUGAAGAGGUGGCUGCAUCAAAGCUCACUCUUUUUGACCUGACAAAACAAAUCUGCGAUGCAGUUCAAGCUAGGGCUGAACAAGAGAAGAAUCAUGGAGUAAUCCUUCUGCCUGAGGGGCUUAUAGAAAGUAUUCCUGAAGUUUAUGCUCUGUUACAGGAAAUUCAUGGUUUGCAUAGGGAAGGUGUUUCUAUAGAUAACAUUUCUUCACAACUUUCACCUUGGGCAUCUGCCUUGUUUGAAUUCUUGCCACCCUUUAUUAAGAAACAGCUGCUUCUCCAUCCUGAAUCAGAUGACUCAGCACAAUUAUCCCAGAUUGAGACAGAGAAGCUUCUAGCACAUUUGGUGGAGGCAGAAAUGAACAAGCGUUUGAAAGAAGGCACGUAUAAAGGGAAGAAAUUCAAUGCAAUCUGCCACUUCUUUGGUUAUCAGGCUCGGGGAUCUUUACCGUCAAAAUUUGACUGUGACUAUGCCUAUGUUCUUGGGCAUAUAUGCUAUCACAUUCUUGCAGCUGGUUUGAAUGGUUACAUGGCAACUGUAACCAACCUGAAGAAUCCUGUGAACAAGUGGCGAUGUGGUGCUGCUCCAAUUACGGCAAUGAUGACUGUAAAGCAAUGGGCACGAGGUCCAGGGGCCGCAUCAGUUGGAAAACCUGCUGUUAAUCCUGCUUCUGUUGAUAUGAAAGGCAAAGCAUAUGAGUUGCUGAGACAAAAUGCAACAAAAUUUUUGAUUGAUGAUAUCUACAGAAACCCAGGGCCACUUCAAUUUGAUGGUCCGGGUUCUGAUGCCAAGACUGUCACCCUGUGUGUUGAAGACCAAGACUACAUGGGCCGGAUGAAAAAACUGCAAGAUUAUCUUGACAAGGUGAGAAACAUUGUAAAACCUGGAUGUCCACAGGAUGUCCUAAAAGCAGCUUUAAGUGCCAUGGCUUCAGUGACAGAGGUUCUUUCUAUAAUGUCAGCACCUUCAUUCAACAGCCAGACACUCAUCUAGCAAAAUCAAUGCUUGCUCCCCAUGGUAUUGAAAGCCAAAAUACUGUUUGUGCCUCAUUCCUUUUCGUUUACAUUCACAAUUUUCUUCUGAUUUUGUUUUGUUCUCUUAGGAAAUUAGGAUCUUUUGACAUGAAUAAAACCUUAUAUUCUCUUUGGAAG